AUGGACGGCUUGCCUGCGACGGCGCCGACUGCCUCCAGCGCUUCGACCGUGUGGAACGCUGUUGAUGUACUCUCUCUUGUCAACAAGGACGUUUUUGACAAGCAUAACCCCGAUGAAAAGUUCAUGACAUGUCCUGCGGAUGUCGACGACGAGAUGAGGCGGUGCAGGAAGAGGGGCAACAAGAUGAAAUGCUCCAAAAGCAUACCAAGGAUCCAAGAGUUAGGUCCAGAACACGCGAACCUCGGACCUUUACUUCGCAAUUUAGCCGAGUCAAUAACUUCAACCAGAGCCGUCUGCGUAGUGUUCAACGAUCCUACCUCCGCUACGCACAAUGAGCCGAACCAGCCGAACUUCGAACCCGUCAAGAAAUCGUCGGCAUGA